AUGUUAACAUAUGGCAGCCAUCCGCCUUCUCCUCCUCCUACCUUCUCCACCGCAAAUGAAGAUGACUCAUGGGAGGUUAGAGCUUUUGCAGAAGACAGGAGUAGUGCCAUGGGGACUACCUGGCCGCCACGGUUUUACUCCUGCACCUUCUGCCGCCGAGAGUUCCGCUCAGCGCAAGCUCUCGGCGGCCACAUGAACGUGCACCGCCGCGACCGAGCACAGAUGCAGUUACUUCACAACCAACAAUCUUCCCCAACACCGGCUCCCCCGGUGACGGAAGGCAACCGAUUCUUCUUUACUUACGCUAAUUCAGGACCGGCUUCUAUGGCUUCUUCUUCAGGGCUCUCUAGGGUUGGUACAAUAAAUUUUGCUGCACAGAGUAGCACUUAUGAGGAUUCAUGUCUACUUGAUAAAGUGGGAUCUUUGAGAACAAGCAGCGAGAGUAGUAAGGAGGAUGAAGAACUUGGGGCUGAAGAACUGGAUUUGGAGCUUCGGCUUUGA